AUGAGUACAACAGAAGAACCUAUAGCGCCAACUGAGGCCGGAGCUCCUGAUGCCCGAGAGCAAAUGUCAGCAGAGCUUGGCAUGAUUGGCGACAUUUCCGAGACUAUUGAAGAGGGAGAAGAAGAAGAGGAAUCGGAGGAGGAAGAAGAAGAGGUGCCAUCGCCAGCAGCAGCAGCUCCUGGUGAAGCAGCUCCGACUGAAGCUGCUACAGCAGAGGGCGCCAACGAAGCAGAUAAACCGAAAAAGAAAAAGAAGAAGAAAUCAAAGGGUGCCAAAUUUAUGAAUAAAAUGGCACAACCUGGUGUGUUCAUGGCUAAACAAGCUCAAAAGGGUGUGGAAACGAUGGUCAUUAAUCCCACCAUGGCAGUAGGAAAGGCAGUCGGAAAGGGUGUCGAAACCGUUGUGGUGAAUCCCACCAUGGCAGCAGGAAAGGCAGUCGGAAAGGGAGUCGAAAAUGCCGUGGUAAAUCCUACUAUGGCGGUGGGUAAGGGUGUAGGAGAUGCUGCCAGGAAGAUGGCGGGCAAAGAGAAGUCCUCGAAGAAAAAAAGCAGCAAAAAGAAAUCGCAAACUUCAGGCGAUGCUACGGAAGAAAAAUCUGAUGACAAAAAAGACAAAGACAAGUCAGAAUCCAGUAAAAAAUCCAGCAAGGAUCAUCGAAAAAGCAAGAGCGGUAGUAAGUCCAAAAGUGGACUGUCCAAAUUCACCAAAGGGUUAGGUUUGGAUGGUGGUGUCUCUGCCUCGGAACACAAAGCACUGAAAGAAACGAACAAGAAACUUGAGUCGAGAGUUGCUCAACUUGAUCUAGAGGUCAGUGAUUUAGAAGAAAAACUAGAUGAAAAGGAAAAGGAGAUUGCAGCUCUGCGAGAACAGCUCAAGAAGAUUGGCGUCGGAAACCAGGAACUUACUUUGGAAGAAGCAACGACACCAAGCUUGUCCGAGAAGCGUGCUCAGAAGCGUCUCAUGGAAGAAAAGGCCAAUAUUCUAAUGACAGAGGGUCACAACAGUGGCAAAUUGAGGGGACUGGACGACUCCAAUCAUUCUACUUCCUCACAAAAAGGAGAUGGCUCCAUGAAGAUUAUCUCCAAGGCAAAGGAGACUGAACUUCAGAGAAAGAAGCGAAUGGAGAAUUCCAAGAUUGUCCACAAGAUGAGAAAUCUCAGUACUCGUAAUACAUAUUUCCAACCCCAAAAGACUAAUGGCGUCGCAGCAAAUCCGCUAGGAAUGGGCGAUUACGAACCGCCGGUCUUCCCCAAGACCCCUGAAGCCGUCCAGCUUAUCCACAAUGCCUUGCGAAAGAACGUAUUUUUCGACAAGAUGAAUCAAGAUGAUUUCGAUCGUAUGACUCCGAGUUUCGAGAAGGUGCUGGUAAAGAAUGGCGAACAUAUUAUCACGCAGGGUGACAAAGCCGACUUUUUCUAUAUCGUGGCAAAAGGAAAGGUUAUUUACAAGGUGGACGGAAAGCUAGUUGGAGAAGCGUCAAAAGAACAAUCCUUUGGUGAACUCUCUCUAUUGUACACAUCCCCUCGUGCAGCAUCCGUGAUUGCUCUCUCCAAUCCAACCGAGCUGUUCCGGAUUGAUCAACGGGCCUUCCGUCAAAUCUUGCAAAACAAGGCAAAGGAAUUCGAGAAAGAAAAACUUGAGCUCCUCAAGGCAGUCAGGGCCUUCGAAGGUGUCACUGACUCGGAUCUGUAUCGAUUAGCCGAUUGUAUGAUCAUGCGAAAGUUCAAGGCUGAUCAGGUGGUCGUUCGCAAGGGUGACGUGGGAAACUGCUUCUAUAUUAUUCACUCAGGUACCAUGAAAGUUACUGACAUUGGGGACGGAACCUCCGCGAAUGAAGGUGUUAUUUUGGAGCCAAAGGAUUACUUUGGAGAAAGAGCACUAAUCACUGAUGAACGCAGAUCCGCAAAUGUCUCUGGUGCCGAGGACGGAGCUUGUUUCGCUAUUGAUCGUGUUACCUUUGAAAAGGUUCUUGGUCAAUUCUCGCAAGUCAUCAUGCGAUCUCACGAUAAGGACAUGUUGGCAAAUAUCAAGAAUAUCAAGGAGUCCAAGUUUAGUGAUGCAAUGAUUGAGACUCUUUCUUCUGCGAUUGUAGAUAUCACAUUCAAGGCCGGAGAUGCAAUUCAAGAAAAGGGUGUUAAGCAGCAGGGCGCACUAUUCCUCAUUCGCGAAGGUUCUGUGACAAUCGAGAAAGGUGGCAAGUCCACGACCCUAAAAAAAGAUGAAUACUUUGGAGACGAUCAAAUUGGCAAAUUCACACCAGAACAAGUCACACCAGAUUAUUCAGCCACUGCGGCUACAGAUUGUACCUGUGGCUUUUUGGGCUUGAAGCAAUUCCCCAAGCUAUCGCUCGAUGGUACAACGAAAGAAGACGAUGUUGCCAACACAAGAAUCAUGAGACGUCGAUCAACGAUUCGAGAAUCCUUCCGAUUCCGCAAGGUUGAAUUGGAUAAAAUGGACAAGCUUCAAGUGUUGGGUGAAGGUCAGUUCGGUUGCGUCCAUUUGGUGAAAGCCACCAAUGUUGCUGGUGAGACGCGGACUGGCGAUGGGGGAGUUCCCGAUAGUUAUGCUCUCAAGGUGCAAGAUCUGGCAGAGCUCGGUGGCUUGCAAUUCAAAGAACUCAUUGACAGAGAACAAAAGGUUAUGGAAAACAUGCGUCACCCAUUCGUAGUGGAUUUGAUUCAUACUCAAAUCAUUGGAACGGACGCAUACAUGCUAAUGAACUGCAUCACAUGCGGAGAGCUAUGGAGUGUCGUUCACACGCAAGGCGAUUCCGGCGAAUGGGAAUCGGGUAUCCCCGAGGAUCACGCCAGGUUUUACGCCAUUGUCAUUGCGGAUGCAAUGGCGUUCAUGCAUAACGCCAAGGUUGUCUAUCGCGAUUUAAAGCCAGAGAAUGUGAUGAUCGACAAGGUUGGAUACCCAAACAUUAUUGACUUUGGUUUUGCCAAGGAAAUCGAAGGAAAGACUUACACUUUCUGUGGGACUCCAAACUACAUUGCACCAGAAAUUGUUGCAAACAUGGGACACAGCUUUGGAGUGGAUCAUUGGGCGUUUGGAAUUUUAAUCUAUGAAAUGAUUAGCGGAGAGAAUCCCUUCUUUUACGAAGGCAUGGAGCAUGCUCAAUUAUUGGAGAAUAUAGCCAAUACGGAAGCCUAUCCCAUUACAAAGGAAUGUUCCGCGGAGGUCAAGAAAUUGAUCGACGCUCUGUUGGAAAAGGACCCAACCCAAAGAAUAGGAAUGUUGGCCGGCAGGGAGAAUGAUAUUUUGGAGCAUGUGUGGUUCAAGGACAUUGACUUGAAGAAACUUCGUGAAAAAGAGAUCCCAGCACCAAUAAUUCCACCUUCCAUGAUAGAAGAAGAAAACAAGUAA